UCAGGUCGGUCAGCUUUCAGUAAAUUUCUGAUCUGGACAACUUCAGGUGUAGCAGUCUUCUACGGAGGCUCAACUUAUGCAGCUUUGACCAAUCAGAAAUAUGCCGAUUUCUUUACAGAAAAAGUUCCUUUAGGAGAUAAGGUGUAUGAUUUGGUAGAGGAUUCAUCUUUCGGCAGAUCACUUAAAUCAUCCAAUAUCGACAAUGUUUCCGGACGAGCUGUUGAAGCAGCUUCGGCAGGAUACGAGCGUAUCACCGAUGCUGUCAAUCGUGUUGUUACCGAUGCAAAAGAUAAAGUUGACGGCUUACAAAACAAAGGAAGAGAAUUGAUCGACAACGACAACACCCAACAAGCACGUAAAUCUGCCAAGGACAUGGUAAAGAGGGUGGAGAAAAAAGAAGACGGAGCAGAUCUUGAAGGAAAGGGAGAGAAGGUAGCCGAGGAAACAAAAAGCAAAGCAGAAGAAUUGCUCGGCCGUGCAAAGGAUGCAGCCAGUCGUUUCGAGAGCAAGCUUGAAGGAAAGGCGGGUGAGGCCAAAGCUAAAGCAGAAGCUGCAACAAGUGAGGCUAGAGCAGAAUUGCAAUCUUCCGGUAAGACCUUACCCAUACAGCAUGAGGCUCCUGCUGGCUACCAAGGCUUUUCUUACCGCGACAGAGGCGUGAAGGCCAAUGCAGGAGAGAAGGAAGCUCGUUUGCGCGACCCACCAGAUUUGCCAAAGUUGCCCAAAUUGGCGCCAUCUCUAUCCUCAUUGUCAGGAAGUGAACCAAUGAUUGCUCAAUUGGCAAACACAAUUGACGAUCUAGCCGCUUUCAUUCGCGAGGCUCCAGCACAAACAGGCAUCAAGGCUGGCGGUGUAUUGGACGAAGCCAAAGCUGAACUUUCAAAACUCUACGACAGGCUCGAGCAAGUGAAGAAGAAUGAAGCAGCCAAACUACAAGAAGGACUUGAAAAACAAAAGAAAAAGUAUGAUGAUGCAUUGCAGAAAGCGGCUAAAGAUGCAGAAGAAAAGGUGGGCAAAGUAGACGCUGCAUACAAGAAAGAACAAGAGCAAUUGCGCAAGAAUGAAGCAAACGAAUAUGCAGCUAAGCUAAAGGCAGAACUAGAGACUCAAUCGAGCAUCAUCAACGAACGUCUAAAAGAGGAAGUCGUACAACAAGGUGUUGAAAUGCAAAGAAGAUGGAUGAAAGAGAUCAAGGCAAGAGUAGAAGCAGAACGUGGAGGAAGAUUGGCUAAAUUGGAUCAACUAUCAAAAGAUCUCGAUAGCAUUCAAAAGAUCAGUCUGGAUAACAGUCAAGCUUUGGAAGAAAGUGCAACAGCUUUGGCAUUGAGCGCUGCAUUGCGUGAAUUGUCAAAUGUUGCUUUAGACGAAGCAGAUGAAGCAAACGUAAAGAGAUCGUUCAGUAAAGAGCUAAAACGUGUCAAAGGUGCACUAAAGACGGAUCUAGAGAAAGACGAUGUCUUGCAAUUGGCUGUUGAAAAGCUAGAGUCUAUCAAACCCGAUGAAGGUGUUGAAACUUUCUCUUCACUUUAUGCAUGGUUCUCGCAAAAAGUUCGACCUGCCGUUCAACGGGUCGCUUUGGUACCUGAUCAAGCGGGCGUUUUGAGUCAUUUGUUCAGUGGAACAGUUGCUCCUCUUCUAUUCAAAAAGAGUGGAUUCCCAGUCGAAGGGGAAGAUGUUCCAAGUGUGUUGGCAAGAACACAAUAUUACCUCGAAAGACGUGAUUUGGACAGUGCAGCACGUCAAUUGAACACAUUGAAAGGAUGGCCAAAGGUUUUGGCAGAAGAUUGGUUAAGCGCAGCAAGAAGAAGGUUAGAGGUUGAACAACACUUGAACGUAGCAAAUGCAGAAGCACAUUUGGCUUCCCUACAA